AAGGGGGAGGCGCUGUUGAGCUGUGUAUAUAAACACUGUGUGGGAAGAGACCUUUCAGGAGGACUUUGCUAAAGGGAUCACAAGAAUAAAUACACCCCAGCCAAGCAGAGCAGCAGCUGUCAGCAUCUCAUUCCUCAUCAUACAUAAACACAACGCAGAGAUUGUAGCAGACAGACCAGACCAGCUACACUUCCAUCAUGGAAAUAAACAUCAAAAUGCUGGAUGGGGCUUGCCACACACUGCAGGUGAACCCAAACGACACAGUGGCCUCUCUUAAAAUACGCAUCCAGGAGAAACUGGGAGUUUCCCGUGACACUCAGAAGCUGAUGUUUGUGAACGGCCAGAACACAGAUCUCAACGACGACUCAAAGCCCCUCAGCUGGUACGGCCUGCACUCCGGGGUCACCGUGUCCCUGCUGGUGAUCCAGCCGGUAAACAAACCGGUGCAGGUGUUCCUGAGAAACGAGAAGGGGAAGACCAGCACCUACAACGUCAGACUGGAGGAGACUGUGAGCAGCUUUAAGAGCAAGGUCCAGAGCAGAGAGGGGCCCGCUGUGAGCCAGCAGGUACUGGCUCACCAAGGCAGAGUGAUGGAUGGGGGGAAACUGUCCGACUACAACGUCACUGAGUUGAGCACCAUCGACCUGACUCUCCGUCUGAGAGGAGGCUGAGGACACUUCUGGUUACCACAAAGUGAAUAUUCUGCACAUUCCCUUUAUUUCAUCUAAAUUAACAAUAUAUAGCCUUUCAUUUAUUUGUAUUUACUUUGGACAUGUUGAUGCAUUCCUUCACGUGUAAAAAAACAAUGUGUCUUUUUAAAAAAAGCAAUUAAGGGUUGAUUUGUUAUUUUAAUUUGGUUCUGAAUUCUAAAUUUGUUCUUCAUAUUUAUUCCCAAUAUUUCAUUUAAAAGAAGUUAUGUAAAAAAAAAAAAAAAUCUGUUUCACUUGUCACCUGCUCUUUAAUGGUAACAUCUUGUUUUAGUUUCAGUGUCUUUUUAUUAAAAUUGUGAGUCACCACCAGGGUGUUGGCAACCUGUGUUAUGCAGAUUUUAAGUGCAAUUGUUUAAAGUUGUGAUUUAAUACAUCCUGUUUUCAUUGUUUUUCUUUUAACAUUACAAUAAAUUAAACAUUAUCUCUG